AACAAAUCGCGUUUGGGCCAGAGCGCAUACCGUAGGCAGAGUCCAAUGUCAAUGUCAAAAGGGGAACUUAAACGGAUUUUUCCAUUUUAAACCCCAAAACAUGACAUUUAAACUAACGUUUUGGUAGUGCUUAGCACGAGGAAUAGGUGUGGAUGCUUAGAAAACUCGUAAGAAUUUGAAUGUUUGUUUAAAAUAACUAGAAAUCUUCCUGUCCCAUCAAGUGGGCGGGCUCUCGUUUGCUGUCAACAUUCAUGCGGGAUGUGCAAAACAUGUACAGCUUUAAUACAGAUCCUUAAAACGACCCGUUUAAUGACUUUAAAAAGCCUGUUUGUGUGGUGAGCCUGUGUAUUUUAAUCGUUUUUAUUAUGUAGUAACGUUAAAUGGAUAGACAGCACUGCGGAUAUGACUUAGCUAAUCAUAAAUCACCAAUACAGUAAAGAUCUGGUUGCAUGCUCUCCUCCUUCUGUAAUCGACUGGGAAGAAAAAGGUUAAUCAGGAAGAUAUCUUCUGAAAUUCCAUGUCAAGAUCAUAAAUGGAUCAUAAUUGUCAACAACAACAGGUGACAGCAUGAGGAGCCGCAGUAAUUCGGGAGUGAGGUUGGAUGGAUUUGCCAGACUGGUCCAUGAAACAAUAUUAUGUCACCAGAAUCCAGUGACAGGUCUACUGCCAGCUAGCGAGCAGCAGAAGGAUGCCUGGGUCAGAGAUAAUGUUUACAGCAUCUUAGCAGUGUGGGGGCUUGGCAUGGCUUACCGAAAAAAUGCAGACCGCGAUGAGGACAAAGCCAAAGCCUACGAGCUUGAGCAGAGUGUGGUUAAGCUAAUGCAGGGGCUGCUGCAGUGUAUGAUGAGACAGGUGGAUAAGGUAGAGAAGUUCAAACACACACAGAGCACAAAGGACUGCCUGCAUGCCAAAUAUCACACACCCACCUGUGCCACAGUGGUUGGAGAUGAUCAGUGGGGGCACCUGCAGGUCGAUGCCACCUCACUGUACCUGCUCAUCCUGGCUCAGAUGACCGCCGCAGGUCUACGUAUCAUAUCUAACCUGGACGAGGUGGCGUUUAUCCAGAACCUGGUGUUCUACAUCGAGGCAGCCUACAAAGUGGCCGAUUAUGGGAUGUGGGAGAGAGGCGACAAGACCAAUCAGGGAAUUCCUGAACUAAAUGGCAGCUCUGUCGGAAUGGCUAAGGCAGCUUUGGAGGCCAUUGAUGAGCUCGACUUGUUUGGAGCUCACGGAGGCCCAAAAUCGGUCAUUCAUGUUCUCCCAGAUGAAGUAGAACACUGUCAGUCUAUCUUGUGCUCCAUGCUGCCUCGAGCUUCCACCUCUAAAGAGAUAGAUGCUGGUCUGCUCUCUGUGAUCUCCUUUCCUGCAUUUGCAGUGGAGGAUGCAGAUCUGGCCAACAUCACCAAGGGUGAAAUCAUCACAAAGCUGCAGGGACGGUACGGCUGUUGCCGAUUUAUCCGAGAUGGAUACAGGACCCCAAAAGAGGACCCCACUCGACUUCACUAUGACCCAGCUGAGCUGAAGCUCUUUGAGAACAUUGAAUGUGAGUGGCCAGUGUUUUGGACUUACCUUAUUCUUGAUGGCAUCUUUAAUGAGGACCAUGAACAGGUGCAGGAAUACAGAGAGGCUCUUGAUGAAGUUUUGAUCAGGGGAAAACACGGGAUUCGUCUGAUGCCUGAACUCUACGCUGUACCUGCUGACAAAAUUGAGGAGGAGUAUAGGAAUCCUCACUCUGUGGAGCGUGUGGCCGCUGGACAGCUCCCGCAUAUGUGGGGCCAGUCACUGUAUAUCCUGGGCAGUCUGCUGGUUGAGGGAUUCCUGGCCCCUGGAGAGAUUGAUCCUCUUAAUAGACGAUUUUCUAAAGAAUUCAAGCCAGAUGUUGUUGUGCAAGUUAGUGUAGUUGCCGAGUCAGUGCAGAUCCAGCAGCUUCUGAGGGAUCAUGGGAUUGAGGUUCAGACUGUCUCUGAGGUUUUGCCCAUCCGGGUCAUGCCAGCUCGCAUCCUGAGCCACAUUUAUGUGAAACUGGGUCACUAUAAAAAACUGAAUCUGAGCGGGCGACCGUACAGGCACAUCGGUGUCCUGGGAACUUCAAAGUUUUAUGUGAUCAGAAAUGGUACUUACACAUUCACUCCACAGUUCAUUGACCAGCAUCACUUCUACUUGGCCUUGGAUAACCAGAUGAUUGUAGAGAUGUUGCGGACAGAGCUUGCUUACCUCUCUUCCUGCUGGCGGAUGACUGGAAGACCGACCCUCACGUUCCCCAUCACACAGAGCAUGCUGGUUGAAGAUGGUGACAGUGUUGACCCCUGCAUUCUGUCCACCUUGCGGAAGCUUCAAGAUGGCUACUUUGCGGGAGCAAGGGUGCAGAUGGCAAACCUCUCCUCGUUCCUCACCACCUCCUUCCACACCCAACUCAGCUUCUUGGAUGCCGACUCUGAAGAGGAGCUGCUAGAGGAGUAUGAGGAGGAAGAGGAAGAGAGUUUUGGGCCCUCAGGAGGUGCAGUAGACAGGUUUGACCAGUAUCUCACAGAUCUUUUGCACAGCACUGCCACAAAAUGCCAUCUACCUCCCAUCCAGAGGGGGCAGCACCAUGUUUUCAGUGCUGAACACACCACCAGGGACAUCCUUUCUUUCAUGGCCCAGGUUCAGGGCCACAACAUGCCCAAGCCUUCCAUGUAUUUGCCUGUUGCCCCUAUCAUGAGCAAACACAGGAAGUCUCUGAACCUGCUGGAUGUUACUCAGCACAAUGUUUCUCAUCACACCAAGGCUGAUAGCGUUGACCUGCACUUGCCACAUGAUUCUCUUGGGAACACAGACUUUGCCUAUCUGGUCAAUCAGCUGAAGCAAUGUCCAACCCUUCAGGACCAGGCGGAUAUCCUCUAUGUCCUCUAUGCUAUGAAGGGUCCGGAUUGGGUGGUAAAUCUGUCAGGACAAGGUGAUGCGUCGGUUCGUUCUCUUCUCGAGGAGCUUUAUGUUCGGGCGGGAGCGUGUAAGGAAUGGGGCCUCAUCCGCUACAUCUCAGGCAUCCUGAAGAAGAGGGUGGAAGUCCUUGCUGAAGCCUGUACAGAUCUGAUCUCCCAUCAUAAACAGCUAACAGUGGGUCUUCCUCCCGAGCCCAGAGAGAAGGUCAUCACAGUUCCUCUUCCUCCUGAGGAACUGAUUAGCCUGAUCUAUGAGGCCAGUGGACAAGACAUCAGCAUUGCAGUACUCACACAGGAGAUCAUGGCGUAUCUGGCCAUGUAUGUGCGCUCUCAGCCAUCUCUAUUCGGAGAUAUGUUGCGUCUGCGCAUCGGGCUCAUCAUGCAAGUGAUGGCUACAGAACUUGCACGCAGUCUACACUGCUCAGGUGAGGAGGCGUCCGAGAGCCUGAUGAGCCUCAGUCCGUUUGACAUGAAGAACCUCUUACAUCACAUCCUGAGCGGGAAAGAGUUUGGUGUAGAGAGGAGCAUGCGUCCUAUUCAGUCUUCGGCUACAAGUCCUGCCAUCUCCAUCCAUGAGCUCGGACACACGGGGGCCACCAAGACGGAGCGAACGGGCAUCAGAAAACUCAAGACUGAAAUCAAACAGAUCUUUACCAGCAGUCAUUCCAUCAGCAGUAAUUUCACAUCCCCACGUUCCACGCGAUGCAGCAGCCCCUCCACUCCCAGUGGGAUCCUGUCUCCGACCGGUACAGGCGACUCACACCUGCAGUGGGAGGAGCGCCAGGGCCAGUGGCUGAGGAGACGCAGAUUAGAUGGGGCCAUUAACCGGGUGCCCAUGGGCUUCUACCAAAAAGUUUGGAAGAUUCUCCAGAAAUGUCACGGCCUCUCUAUUGCCGGAUACGUCUUGCCUUCCUCCACCACCAGUGAGAUGACAGAGGGAGAGAUUAAGUUUGCAGUGCACGUGGAGUCUGUACUGAAUCAUGUCCCGCAGCCCGAGUACAGACAGCUGCUGGUGGAGGCCAUUAUGGUGCUGAUGCUUGUGGCCGACAUGGAGAUUCCCAGUAUUGGUGGAAUUAUUCACAUCGACCGCAUUGUCCACAUGGCCAAUGAUCUCUUUCAGCAGGAUCAGAGAUCCAAUGGAGCAAAUGAGUAUUUCUUGGAGAAAGAUCCUGCCACAGGAAUCUGCAACUUCUUUUAUGACAGUGCUCCUAGCGGCAGCUAUGGUACGAUGACUUAUCUUUCCAAGGCUGUGGUCACAUAUGUUCAAGACUUCCUGCCAAGCAGCAGCUGUCUAAUGCAGUAACGACUGCAGUUCCCAGAAAAUCUGUGACCUUCUGGACUGAUCGUUGAACGGUUUCAUUUAAUCUAACAGUGAGAAGGUUCGGUAGCAAAGGACAAGCAUCCACAGGGAAGCCACUAAAAUAUCACAGGUUUUAAAACAAAAAGACUGUAGGAAAUGGACCACUGUGCUGUUCUGUGUUUGAAGUAUACAAUUAUAUUUAUGAACUUUAAAAUGCAAAUAACUCUAAAAUAAUUAAUAUAUAAUUCUAUAAAAUCUGGACAUUUUAAGUAGUCUAUAUUUUUUGUUUGGUUGGCUAACUAAUGUUAUUUUAUCAUUUUAUGUUCAUAGAAAUGUGUUUUAUUUUAUUUCAAAUUGAAUGUCUAUAUGCCAGUUCUAGUGAUCUUUACUCAGUGUUGUAUUACUGUAAGCUUUGAUACUUGUGUUUUCCUCCUAACAAUAUCUUAUAACUUAUUACAUUAUAAAAGUACUGUGUAAUCUGUUAUUUAAACUGGUUCUUUUUAUUCAAAGAAUCAUACAGUAAACAUACAGACAUUACCAAAUGUAAUACCUCUGAGAAUCAUGUAAAAGAAAAUGAAAUUAUAGUCUGUUCUUUUCAUGUUUCUAACUCAUUGUAAAGCCUAGCUAGUGCAAUUCAAGCACUUUUUUUAUUUUGCACGGGCAAAUUAGACAUUUGAAUCAUUAUUUAGUGAACUGAACAGGUUAAUACAUGGGUGCAUGUUACAAAUCUAUUUUUAUUCAUUUUAUGGGGGGCAGGUAAUUGAGAAAAUCAAGAUAAAUAUGAUGGAUCAAUUAAUUUCAUUUGCGAAAAAUGUUUUAGGUUUUGUUGUAUGUUUCGAUCUGUGACAUUUGAAAAGCAAAAGGGGCAUUUGGAAUUUUUUUUUUUCUUUUUUUUUCACUCACACCCAUAUGUGUGAGUUUUGGCUGACUGGCUAAUGUUUAUGUAAAAUGAAUACUUUUGAAGGAAGGUACUGUAUUUUAGCCGCCAUUAAGCAUUUGAAUGACAACACAUAAAUUAAAUUGAAUUAUUUAAUUAACCAUGA